AUGAGAAGACCCGGAGGAAACCGCAAUCCAGAACGGCAGGGCCGUGUUCAGGGCCAGCAGGGAUCCCCAAUGGCACCCCCCGGGCCUUCAAUGGGCUACCCGCAGCACCAGCACCAUCAAUUCCACCAUCACCACCAUCACCAUCAUCACAAUAGCAGCUACAACAACGCCUAUGACGGCUCGCGUCCCCCACCGCACAACAUGCAGCAGAUGCCUCACCAUGGGUUCGCUCAAGGCGGUGGCGGCGGUGGCGGCGGUAACGGAUGGAACAACCCGCAACAGCAAAUGCCAAUGUAUAACCAAGGCUUCGGCCACAUGGGUCCUGGCGUCGGCGGCGGCGGCGGCUACGGUGACAUGAGUGGUGGUGCUGGGGGUGGUGGGGGUGGGGUCUACCAGGAUAUGCAUGGAGGACAGUACCCGCCUUCUCCGUCUCAUAUGGGCGGCGGAUCUCCCCUACCUUACAUGCGCACUCAGGUAAUGCCUGGCACUGUUCCGCAUAACGGCCCGCUUCCCGGUGCAUACGGUGGUCUUCCCGGCCAGGGCGCUCCAAUGUCCAUGGGCUACGGUCGUGGUGGACAGCCUCCAAUGGAUCCGAUGCAACCGGGUGGCAUGUACGGCGGGCCAAUGGUGCACCGCGAUGGAUUCGUCGAUAACCGAUUGAGUCCUCCACCACAGAUCGGCUACGGGCCCAAUGUAGGUGCGCCACCUCCGCCACCUCCGCCGCCAGGACCUCCCUACGGUGGUGGCGGCCCGAUGCCUGUGACGCGGCCGACCGGUGGCGGUAUCGUUUACCCGGAUCCCCGCAGCAAAGCCAUGAUGGGUGGCCCUCAGAUGCCGCUCCCCAACACUGGACGCAACCCACGCAUAGGCUCCCCCGAUCCCGGUGUUAUGGGUGGUGGUGGUGGUGGUGGUGGUGGUGGUGGUGGUGUGCCGCCUUCCCGCUUCAACCAGCAGCCCACUACAAUCCCGCCAGGCAUGGCACCACCGGUCAACUACAUGCCGGGGCCAAAUGUUCCACCAAAUCAACCACCAAUGAUGCCUGCACCAAUGGAUUUUGCUGAUCCUUCCCAAGUAGAGCGCUUUGAUGCGAGUGCCCCAACAGAAAAUCUCUACGAUUUUCUACAAGAGCGCGACUUGGUUUCAGUCGACAACCUCUCCAGCUUCUUCCCCCAGGAUUAUGACCCGAAAAAGGACCCCCCGUUGAAGAUUGCUGUCGAUGGAAACUUUUGCCUUACAAGCCUACGUGACGAGCUUCGGAAGAGAGAUCCGUUGUGGUUUCUGAACUCUACUCUUCCAGAGGAGCUACUGGCCUUAGUGUGGCAUCAUGUGGAUUGGAUGCGGAGCUUGAAUUUGGAGCCGAUUUGGGUUUUCAAUGGUCUCAGCGUGAGUGGUGAUGUGGAAACCUUCUUGACGACAGAGUCGGAACUGCGCGCCCGUGAUGAUGUGUGGAGUAAACUGGAGGAUGGCAUUAUUCCUGAAGAGGCGGAGAUUCAAACUGCGUUCGAUCAACCUUUAGGCGAGGAUGUUCAGAUGGCUGUAUCGCGCUACUUGAAAAAAGAGCUGAACGUGAUGGCAGUUACUGCCCCUUUCCUGAAUUGGGCCCAAAUGGUAGCGUUCCACAAAGAGGGACUUGCAGAUCUGCUUAUGGGCCCACCAGAGAUGUUGUUGCUCCCAUAUGAUGAGAUGAAGCUCAUCGUGCAAAUUGAUGUUUCCAACACCAAUGUGUAUUUCUUUGAUCGGGAUAGAGUCUUGCGUGCACUAUUCCCGUACCAUGUCACGGAGACAAGCACAAAGGUGGCUGGUGAUAGGCUGAUGGACCUUGGCUUAAUCACCGCUACUCACCCAGCACUCUCGUCUGCGCGUGUAAGUAUUGACCUCACGAUGCAGGGGAUUUAUGAAGAACUCUCCGCUGAAGUGCCCAAGUACCGCUCGAUUAAAGAGUUUAUCAAUGCCCACGCAUUUGUGCAGGACACGAACAAGAAAAAGGCAGGACUUACUAUAAAGCACUCCAAAGGCCGCGGAUACCUUCGCUAUAGUAGUGUUUUCUCGUCAAAGGCGAAGGAUUCUCCAAUGGUGUACCUGGUUCGUGUACUUGAGCCGGAAUUGACAAAUGCGGAUAUGCCUACCAACCUCAGUGGGGUUCUGGGCCACCUCGUUCCGUUGUCGCUCUUUUACCUACAGUUUUCAGGACUCCUCUCGGUGCGCAUCAUGACAGUUGUAACCCAGUCAUACCUUCGCGAUGAGUGCCCUGUCUCGGAUACCAAAGAUUACCACGAAAAAUUGGAGGUUCUUAUGACAAUGCGAAGCCAGAUCAUCGCUCAGGUGAUGAAAAAGAUUCUGCAGGAUAACUCCUCCAAGCGUGCGGAAUGUCUUUCAUGGGUUCGUUGGUUCAAGCCCAUCUUGGCACCCAUGCAUCGACCAAAAGAACUUAUCGAUUUGGACGAAUGGGACAUUGAACAUAGUGAGGAAGUGAAACAACUCAGCGAAGAUUGCUUGGAGGAUUAUAGCAUCGCCUCUGUACUCACUUUUAGUACUGAGGCCGCGCGGACCAUUCGGGAACAGAGUGUAUGCUCCCCCCGUGAGAUGCCAAUUCGUUACCAUGGCAAAAAGGAGACCCUUUUCGCCAUUCUUCUUAAGGCGUUCGAUUUUCUUGGCUACUUCUCUCACUCGACGGCGUCGCCGGAGAAUGGGGCGGAGCGGAUGGAGGAAGAGCGCGAAGAGGGAACUGGGCAGAUGAUCACCGCUGACGGUGUGCCUGUCACUGCCUCUGAUAGCAACAGCAAUAACUAUAACGAAAGGAACGACUAUGAUUGCAACAACACUAUGGCAGAGGAUGAGACCAACGGCUACCCAACUGUGUAUUUCCCAACAUUUUUGAUGAACACUAUUAAGCACAAUCUGAAAUCGUUUGAGAGUGCCUUUGUGGUGCUGACUGAGCUUCUUCGUGUUGGCAUAAUUGGUAGUUUACCUUGUCAGUACAUUGACCCGGCAAAUCAGGAGCUCGCAAUCCCGAUGCAGGACCAGGAACCAAAUUACGACCCUCGUGUAUUACUGGCGUCGCGUAUUGCCUGUCUCAUCACUGUGCCGUACCACCGUUCGUCUGAAGACUUGCCGUUUAUUUGGGCUCCCGUCUACAGCAGGCACCUGUGCGCUUUCACUGUAAUGGUGCGGGCGAUGUGUCGUUGUCUUCGUGAGCUGGUGGAGGUGAUUGCCACCACCGUCUUUCUUGCAGGAAACAGCGACUGUGGUCUGGAUGAGUUUGCCUCCUUUGCCUCACUGCUUCCCUUUGGCGAGGUUCCAUCGGCGAUUGGUGGACUGCUGUUGCACUACGUGCUCGUCUUUCCUGCCGACUACCAGGUAAACCUCACAACGCGACAGGAGCGCGUGGAGUACCUGCAGCAGAAGUUCCGUGAUGUGCCCGAUCUUGGCAAGCAUCUGCGCAUCGUGAUGACCUUCACGCUGCAGGCGCUCUACCUCAUCAACGCGUACGGACUCAGUGACAAGGGGGCGGUGGUGCCUAAGGACCUGCUGGUGGGCAACACAGUAGAGUCUACGAUCCAGCUGCUGUGGGAGAAGUGGCGUGACCACAUCGACGACAACCCGCCGCGCGACAUCCACAUGCUCUACACGACCGACGACGUCGAUGAGGUGUAA